GGUGAAAUUUUUAGGUUUUCUGUUUCCGAAGUCUCUCAGUCAGUUAGCCGUAAACUUUCACUCCUAGCUGUUUUCCAUAACCGUUUUCGUACAGUACACGCGACGCGUUAAUCGCCGAGUGCGGUUACGUCAGAGGCAGCGUGCGAAAGCGCGUUUACAGGAUGCGUUUUAUACUUAUUUGUAGGUAGAGAAGUGAGAGGCAGUGGGGAUCUACGCCAGCGGCCUGACACACACCGCGCAGCCUGUUUCUGCCCGGACCGAACUCUGUUUACCAGCACACGAGGCGGAGGAAUUCACAGUCGACGCGUCGUCUUGUGUGGGCUGAUCGCGGAGGCUGUGUUUGUCCGCAGUUGAAGCAUAGAAAAUGCAACAGGACAGAAGAGGAAGACGGAUGACGCACGAUCAUCGCGCAAAACUGUGAAAUUCGGGAAGAAAUUUGUGAAGUUCACCGCGUCUUCGAGGAGCCUCGGGCAUCUUGAAGACUUUUAAGCAUGUCUAAGAUGCCGGCGAAGAAGAAGAGUUGCUUUCAGAUCACGAGUGUGACUCAGGCUCAAGUCGCGGCCAACAGCGCGACCGACGAUACCGAGAGCCUGGACGACCCGGAUGAGUCCCGAACAGAGGACGUGUCCUCCGAGAUAUUUGACGUGUCCAGGACCGACUGUGGGCCCGAGGUGUGUGACAGGAGCUCCUCCGAGGAGACCUUGAAUAAUGUAAGUGAAUCGGAGGGGCAGUUGUCCGCUUUCGCCCCCCUGAACGGGGGGUUUGGGCCGCGCAACGCGCUCUCCGUGGGUCACCAGAGCGCAUGCAACGUUCAGGCCUCUGGCGCACAACAGGCAGGCACAGUGGCCACGUCUCAAGUCACAAAUUCAUCAAGUGCGACUACUAUAGCCAGUUGCAGUUCACGCUUCAGGGUCAUUAAGCUUGACCAUGGCUCCGGGGAGCCCUUUAGGAGGGGGAGGUGGACCUGUACCGAGUAUUUUGAGAAGGAUCAAGAAGGUUCCGCGAUGAGCAGGACUGUGGAUAGUAUAAAGCAUACGAAUGUGACGGAGCCCGGAGUGGAUAGGGACAGUGGGCUCGGGACCACUUUUGGCUCCGUAACGGCACAGGUGGGGGUAUCUGGGCAGGGGCUGGACUCAAGUAAUGACGGCUCUUCUUUCACCGGCCCACUGCAUCCUCUUGAGCAGCUACACAGCUUCAACAUGGCCCUGCAGCAAGUUUCAUCAGGAUCUGGGCCCCCAGAUUCCUUUAGUAAUAAGCCUGUGACAGUUCAACAGCAGGUGUCUGGUAGCUCUCACAUGACUGUUCCUACGCCUGCCCAUGAUGGAGUACAUCAGGGCACUCACAUUCACAAAUCUCCCAGCAUGCCUCCUCCAGUACAGCCAAUGCUGUAUCAAACCCAGCCUAUUACGCAUCAUCUGCAAUCCCAAGCUGCUCUGAACGACUAUGGUCAACAGCACAUGCCGAUAACGAUCACCCAGACCCACCCAGGGGCCAGUCUGUCUGUUAUACAUGGCAUCAAUCAGGGGUCAUCGACCAUUACGACCCAAGCCUCCGGAGGUGUGCUGGUUCAGGGUGUCGAAAUGUCUGGCAUCCCUGGAGGUGUUCCACUAGGCAGCCAGCCGCUGUCACCGGUCCCAAGCUUGGUGCAGCAUCCUGGCAUGGGGCUCUUGAGCAACGUCACCCCCUUGGCGCCAGGGACCUCCAUUCUGCAACAGCCAGUUGCACAGUACCAGGUCUCAGGAGCAUUGCACGGUUUGUCUACAGCACCACAAAGCACCCAGAACAUGCCCUUAGUGUCGAUUGCAAUUGGUAGUGUGCCAGCCUCAAGCGUGCCCGCUCCUGGGGGGGCAACGUUACCCGACCUUAAUACCUCUGCGCACAAUCUGGUGGAUGAGAGCCGGAGGAUGUCUGAUGCUGCUGCUGCACUGAUUCCUGCUGUUCACAAUAAAGACAUGGUGAAGCCCGUAAUCUCAGAAGGCCUGCAGUUGCCCAACCCGGCUGUAAGCAGUCUUUUCGGAAUAUCCAUUCCCAUUGAUGGGGAGGAUGACAGGAACCCCUCCACAGCUUUCUUCCAAGCCUUCCAGUCUGGCAGUAGGCUUAAGGACUCAAAGAUGACCUGUGAUAGUGCCUCAGGAGUGAGUGUCGUCGCCAUUGAUAAUAAAAUAGAGCAAGCAAUGGAUUUAGUGAAAAGCCAUCUGAUGUAUGCUGUGCGGGAGGAGGUGGAGGUAUUGAAGGAGCAGAUAAAGGAGCUCUUUGAGAGGAACUCUGUACUGGAGCGAGAGAACGCUGUGCUCAAGUCUCUGGCCAACAGCGAGCAGCUCUCCCAGCUCUCCGUCCAGUCCAGCUCAAACCCCUCCAGCGCUCCCUCCCAGCUCGAGCCCAGCACGGCCCAGCCCCAGCAGCCCCCACAGCCUUACCUUCAGCUGGACACCAGUAUGACCAUGGACUCUCUACCACGACAACAGCAGCCCAAUGUCACCUCCGCUUGAAGUGCAUCCUUGCUCUUCCUCAGUGGAGAGAAUGCAAGCCUCUAAUUACGUAUAUAUAUUAUUACAACAGCAGAAAAUCUGUCUUGUUCACUACCAGCAGUGUUUCGGUGAGCAUUCUUACUGCCGGCCUUUCCAUUGUCAAGACCAGAGUGGCGUUUUCUGCUCUGGCACAACGUUCGCAUGCUUGUGGACCAUGGUCUUGAUCAGGGUCCCGCUUGGCUCUGCUCUCCUGGAUGAGGUUUGUGGAGAGAGACUGACCCCAAAUUACAGAGUUAUUUUUUUAAUAAAGAGAAUCCAGCCAUGAAAGAGGUGUAUUUUUUAGCAUUGCAGUUUUCAUAUUGUAAGAAGCAAGAGUCUAUUUUCAGAGCCACCAUACUUUACAACAUGGUUUUGAUUGACUAGUCAAAUUAAAUUGUAAUGUUUGUUAUUUAUUAUAGAGCUGCUAUUUUUAGAGAGGAACAAUGUCACAGAGGAACCUUUCAAUUUGACAAUUAUUGGUCAUAAAACUCAGCAGCAGUCUACGACAUAAACCAUCAAUACACCAAACAACAACAACAAAGUAGCAGUGGGUAGAUUUCAAACACUAACAGCUAAAUUUCUUAGCAGAUAAAGAAUUUGAAGGGGUCGAGACCUGGCGUGAAUGUAUAUUUUGUAUAGUGUAAAGAAUAAAGAGAGCAUAAGUUUGUACAGGUUUGUGGGAAAAGAUCAAAACUGAAUCCUCAAUGAUCUAUCCUGAUGAAGAAAACUUCUGUUGCUAGUAUGUUGGGGAAAAAAAGAAGUCAGUUGCCAUAUUCUCCUACCCCCUACCCUGAUGUCUUGUAUGUUUUAGGGUCGGGAAGGGGAUUAAAAAAAAACAAAAAAAACUGUGAAAUUGUUCAGCCUAUUUCGUAACCAAAGAUGCAAAGCUGUGUAAUUCAUUAUUUUAUUUUGCACACACUGUGUACUUUUUUUUUUUUUCUUAAUUGUUCCCAACAAAACUAUUUUCGUUGCUUUUAGGCAUGUUCUGCAUGAUCUGUCUUCUGUAAAUGUCAAACCACUUUCUUACCUCAUAUUUGUAUCGGGCACUCGUAUUGUAAGUAGUCUGUGAACAGUGUCGGCGGGGGGAGGAGAUAUGGAGAUGGAAAAAGUGUGGUGAAAAUAAACUAGUGUGUGAGACACACUAUUCACAGAAAAUGAAGUGAGCCAUGUUUUGUUCAUUUAAAUGGUGUUUGAAUUUCAUAUGCCAAUAGUUGUUACAUUUGCAAAUUCUAAUGUAUUUAAAUAAAUGCAAUAUUCAAAUUACAAAUCAAGUUUUUUUAUGCACAUUUCUCCAGAAACCAUUCUAAGAUUUUUGAAUGUCCUGUAAUGUUUUUAUCUCCGCUUUAUGCACUUUUCACACUAGCAUGAUUCUACCGUAGGCAGUGACCUCCACACACUGGGAGCAAACAAUACACAUCUGCCAUAAUUUGUGGGUUCCUUACUAAGUACACAUUGACUUGAUCACAUCAUUAGAUUCCAGGCAUUCAAAUAUGCAGACACCCUCAUCUAUUUUUUGAUCAAGUUUACAUUAAUUCUUUGUGUGUAUGAUCUAAUGGAAUAAUUUACACACCAGUCAUACAAGUUUUAUGUGGUUUUACUUAAUACCUUGCAUCCCUACAAAAGAUGUGUGCUAUGUUCAGAUUACCAAAUUAACCUUACUACUGUAUUUCUACAUGGUAUCUAUAAUGUGUACAAAAUGCAAAUUUUCAAACAUGUGCAGUGUACAACAAAGCACGCUGCCGAGGCAGACUGUAUCCGACAAUGCAAUA